GAACAAUUUUAUUCAAAAAUUAAACAAAAUGAUAGUUUUUGGACUUUAGAAGAUGGGAUGAUCCAUAUUACUUUACAGAAAAUGAAUAAGGCCGAAAUUUGGUUAGCUGCUCUUAAAGGUCAUUUAAAUCAAAAUGAAGCUUUAUUAAACGAAGAAGAUAAAAAGAAAAUUAUGUUGGAAAAAUUUCAAGAAGAGAAUUCAGGUUUUGACUAA